AUGCUGCUGCUGGAGCAGCUGCUUGGGUCACCAACAUUGGAAAUGAAUUUGGCCAAGUUCUUAACAGCAAGUGAGGGAAGUGGGCUUCGCCCAAUGGCAACUGGGAUCAUCCGUCGCUAUGAGGUGGCUGGCGUUCCCCCGUCAGUACUUCUAUAUACAGAUCGUCACUGCUGUGGUGAGAAAAAGGUCAGCUCUCUCUUCACAACCUGGCAGGAACUCAAUGUGCACCUUGAUGCAUGGUACUUCAUGCACCAUUUUGAAGCAGGGUGCACUACAGAUUCACAUCCACUCUAUGGUACCUUUAUGGCUGGACUGUCACAGUGCAUUUUUGAGUGGAGUGGUGAGGAUCUCAACCUUCUGAAAAGAGCCAAGGCUGCCCAACUUGUCAAGUCCAGUGUCCAAAACCCAUCGGAUGAGGACAUCAUGAAACAUAUCACAAAAAAGGAGCUGUCCCUCCACGUCAGCCGUAAAACACGCAGAAUACAAGUGACCACCAUCCUCAUUUCCAACUUGCAUUCCCUGGGUCACAAGAGAAUGACACCUUAG